AUGGGAGUUUGUUUUUCCUGCCUCAACGGAGGUGCAUAUGACCAAGAAGACGACGAGACCACGUCGCUCUUGCGGAGGAACCAACUUCAACAGGAUAGCAACGUCUUGCAGGAGGAGGAAAUGUUGAAGCAGCAGCAGCGACAGCAAGAGCUAUCCUCGAUAGUCAACGACCUAUCCGACAAGUUGAUUGAUGUCACGUCAUUUUUGAACAACAGUUCCAGCCAGAUCUUGACCCCGCCAGCUGCUGCUGCAAGUCGCGAACACUCUACGUUGCAGGGAAGUACGAGUAAUUUGAAUGCCGGAGUGGUACGUGGCACUGAAAAGUUGGAGAGACUGUAUCCUUAUGCCUAUAGCAAGAGCGAGAGGGAGAAAGUUGUUGACGGGGUCAAGAAAUUGGAUGACGCUACACGUCAAGCUUGUCAAGUUUCUGUUUCGGAGCCGCUAUAUUUGAAGUUUUGA